AUGGGAACAUUUUCCCUUAUAAAAUCAAUAACUCAGCCAAUUGCUGUAGUACUUUCUGUUUUGGUAAAUUCCGUUCUCAUUCUACUGGUUGUUACAAAUUCCCCACGGAAAAUGGGAAGCUAUAAAUAUUUGCUAAUAUACUUCUCAGCUCUGACAAUUGUAUAUGCAGCAAAUGAUUUUGUAUCAGCACCGUACAUGUUUAAUGAUGAUUCAACAGUAGUUGUUCUCGUAGAUUUGAAGAAUAAUUUGCUAAAAGAUCGUCCAGAUUUAUUGUUGCUCGCCGUUGUUUCCGGAGUUUCAUGUUUUGGAAUAAGUCUUUACGCUAUUGCAAUCAACUUCAUGUACCGCUAUUUUGCAGUUCAAAGAGAAGGCCGCCUCCGAUACUUUUCAGGAUGUCGCCUUGUUUUCUGGAUUUCUUUGUCUAUCAUUGGUGGAAUCAUGACAGGGCUUACCUUCUAUGCCAUAGGUUCUCGUCAAGAAAUUUCACAUGGUUUGAGAGAGAAUUUGGAAACGAUGUAUGAUUUGGAUAUGCAUCGAACACAAUAUUGGGUAUUUUUGUAUUGGCAACCCAAAGAUGGAAAUCAAGAUUUGACAGCAAAAGAUAUUAUGGCAAAUUUGGGGCUUACCACAUCAAUGGUAAUUCCUAUUCUUCUCAUCGUCUUUUUCGGAACAAAGACUUAUCGAAAAGUCAAGAAUCUGACAACUCAUGGAAAAAGUGAAUACUCAAAGCGGCUUCAAAUGCAACUUUACAAAGCUCUUGUCGCACAGAUAAUUAUUCCAUCUGUUUUCCUGUUUCUCCCGACUUUAUUAAUUGCUGCAGGUCCACUUUUCAAGCUUAAUAUUCCAUGGGCUAGUCUUCCAUUAUCUAUUUUAUUUUCAAUGUUCUCAGUUAUGGAUUCAAUUCCAAUUAUUUUUCUCGUGGAUGAGUAUAGAAAUGCACUUUUUGAGUUUUUCGGAGGCUUCUGUUGUGUAAAUGAAGUUGUUCCCGCUUCAGCUCGUGAUACCAGUAGCACCCAGUUGUGA